GAAAUAUUGAGGGAAAGUUGACUCAUCUAUGCACCACAUUGAAUAAUAAAAUUUAUUGAAAUUUUUCUAUGAGCUUACAUGUGCCCCUAACUACCUCUAGGUGGAAUAUUAUAUUAAUAAAACGCUGGCAUUAGAAGAAUUUGCAUCAUGAGGGGGAAAAUCGUGUUCCAUCCCGAUCUCUUUGGCAGCCUGUUUCCCUGACGGUAAAAUCACGGUGAUGGUGUGUACAUGUCGCGCGAGAGCAUUGAUUUCCAAUAAUGAAAGCGGUUCGCUGUUUUGGAAUGCUUGAAAAGACCGACUUCAUUUAAACCACUUCAGAUACUUGAAAUAGACCAGGAAGUCGGAUCAUAUGUAUUGAAGCGUAAACAACAGAGGAAUGGAAGGAGUUUUACUGUCACGUGAGAUGUAUUAAGGACUCUCAGCCAUGACACAAACAACUGGAGGCUCAUCUGCAUCACGCAUAAGCGAGGCAUUCAGCUUUCUUAAAGAAUACCAGGUUGGCUUAACAUUUGAAGAAAGCAAACCGGAAGCCAUCCACAAUGGCAGCCCCAAUGGUCAGGUCAAUGGUGAAAAGGGGGAGUUCACCAUUGUUACCUAUGUAGAGAAUACAGACAACUUAGACAGACAUUCAAGCAAAACCAAAGAUCCAGAAAAUCGGAAUAUCGACUAUAGGAAUGCUUCAGGAAAUGGCUCUGAUGAACAAAGUGAUUUCCAAUUUCCUGUCUCUUGUGUUAAAUAUAAGGAUAAUGCAUCUAAAAUGAUCUCAAGUCGAGACUCAAAUCAGAGUGGAAAAGCAACUUUAAAAGAUGAAACAAUUAAUGAAAGAACAAGUGCUAAAGUAAAUUCUAGCUGUAAUUGUGGUCAUUUGAACCAUUGCAUCUGCAAGGUAGACAACUCUGAUGAUGAAAAGGUUGUGAUGAGAAAAGAGAAAAACUCAAAAGUGGAAAACUGUGGAACUCAAAUUUCAGUAAGCAAGUAUUCUGAUUCACAAAGCAAUUCAUCUUCAACAUCCCAUUGUGUAAAAAAGGAAGGAGCCAGCCCAGGAAGGGGAAGUUAUCAGGCUGUGAGUGAUGCCUUCAAUUUCUUAAAGGAUUUGGAAGAUGGUAGACCUCCAGAGCAUCGUGAGAGUGGCAUACCACUGACAGGGGCCGAGGACAGACUUUUCAAAAAGCUGUCCGUAGUCAGUAAGCCUCAGGAAAACCAUACCCCAAAAGUGAGCGGCACAACAGAAAAUCAUGACAGCAUUAAUGGCAGUUCAACAGAUGAUGUAAACAAUUCAGAUGUCCCGACAAUCACACAGAACAAGGGCAGUCUUAGUCACCGGCGGAACGUUUCCAAUAAUUCUAUGGACAAUUCUGAAGAUUCCUCCGAUGAUGACACAGGUAUUUAUAAUGAGAGUUUUCGGAAGUCCGUUUGGUUGUGCAUGCCCAAUGGAAAAACACCCAGCCCUUUUCAGUCCUCCAGCAUCGCUGAAGAAUCAGAAGAAACUGAAACAGAUGAAGUGUUUGUUAGAGGCGUUGAUAAGCAAUUAUUUGAUAAAAUGCACAAACGAUCUGACUCUACGACAACUACUAGAUCAGAGAGUGAAUUCAAACAUGAAUAUCGCCUUCGACGUAAAUGUAUGGUGCAUCGCCAUGACAGUCAGCAGGAGUACCAUCGCAUGUCUGCAAAAUUCUAUGAACAUGAGAAAUUGGUUGUGGUUGUGAAAGAGGACCAGGAUACAGAUUUUGGGUUACAUAUAUUUGACAGCCAUCCUGCAUUUAUUACAGAAGUUGACAGUGGAAGUCCUGCUCAGAGAGCUGGUAUAAAGGCGGGUCAGAUGCUGCUCAGCAUCAACGGGGUAAAUGUCCUAGAAUCAAGUCACGAGGAGAUCAUCAAACUGGUGCAAAAAGACCCCAGCAUGGUCAAGUUAGAACUGGCCUCCAGUGAUGUCCAGCAGAUUCGAGAUCAGCAGACGCCAGUCAGGAGCGGAUACAUGAACAAACAAAGUAACUCCACCUUCGUCAAAAACUGGAGACGCAGAUACUUUGUACUGAGAUAUGACAACUGUCUCUACUACUACAAAGGGGAACAGGACCAGGAUCCUCUUGGAGCCAUUCCACUCCUUAAUUACCUGGUGUCAAAGCAUACAGACACCAGCAGGGAGCACUGCUUCAAGGCGGAAAAGUUUGGAGCACGCACCUAUUACUUCACAGCUGAUAAUAGAGAAGACAUGGUCAGCUGGAUAUCAGCAAUGAAUGAGGCAGCACAUAGAGCUAAAGAAAAGAAGGAUGCCUGGAUGGAUGUUACAGCCAGCAAUGUAGGUCUUCCUGCUCUCGAGAUUAAAAAGCCAGACUGCUCCGGGUACCUGUCUAAGUGCGGGCGCACUGUGAUAACAUGGAAGAAACAGUACUGUGUGUUGAAGGAUGCCUGUAUAUAUUUCUACAAAAAUAUCAACUCUUCUAGUGCUCAAGGCAUGGCCCAUCUCCAUGGAUACAGUGUGGACCCAAUGACGAGUACACUCAGAAAACAGGGCUUUGUCCUCCGACCCCCCGAGUCUCAAAUGAGGACGUUCAGUUUCAGUGCAGAGAAUGAAACGGAUAAAAUCAGGUGGAUGGAUGCCUUGGAGAAGUCAAUCCAACGAUGGAUAAAGGUGGACUAAAUCUGCUGGUCUCAUGCGAGCCGCUGUUAAAAUGUUUGACUACAUUGUAAUUUCAAGACAUUAUCAUGGGACAGUGUCGAACGACUUCAAAUGCCAUAACUUUCAGUUAUUAAGAUCUCUCUCAAUCAUAUGAAUAUAGGUGCACGUUGGCUCCAUACUCACAAUGAAUGGGUUCAUAUUAUUAAAUAAGUUUGUAAAAGUAUAUUCGGUAAUGGCCAGACCACUGAGAGUGUCAUUUCUGUUUUUGUUUCACCAUGUUCUCCUAAAGGGUAAUAUUCAACUGUUGAAAAAAGACAGUUUAUUAGGUAAACUGAGACAAUCGGGUGACCUAUUGCAUUCCAUGUUUAUCUGUCAUCCAGCAUCCAGUCAAACAGUUAAACAUUUUUAACUUCUCCAAUACCACAGGAUCAAUUUUCACCACAUUUUGUAUGUAUCAUCUAUUGGGAACAAUAAUUGCAAAUGUCAUGACCUUUGCUUCUCUGAUAGGUGGACCCAAACUCCCCCCCCCCCCCCCCCCCCCCAAAAGAUGUAAUCAUUAAAAAUUAUCUGUAUACUCCCUGCUAAUAGCGAGGUAACGGUCAAUUUGUGUGCAUGAUAAUAAUAGUAAUCAGCAAUGAUUUCUUAACCAGAAUUGUGAAAUGCAUGGUCACUAUUAGUCACUCUGGGGCUCUUAAGAGGAUCAUGUAAGUCUAAUUGAAAUUAAUGCAUUAGAUCUAUAAAACUUUUCUUCAUUGAACAACCAAUCAUUUUGCAUGUAGCAAAGGCCUCCGCUAAUGUUGUGCAAUACUAGACCUUAGGUAACUUCCUGGUGCUAGGGCAGCGUGGAACUGCAUUGCAUCUUGAAAAGUUUCGAGGCCUCUACAAAUCUUUGGAAAUUCAUGGCUCUUGGGUCAGGAUGGGGCUAAAUGGCGUAUAUACUGAAAAUGCUGAAUGAAUUCUUUCUCUUGAACAUGUAGUAUAUAAACCGAGUGCUUAGUAAUAUUAAUAGGCUACGAAAACGGAAAUUUAUGACCCCAGGUCAAGGUUCAGGCUUCAAGGAUAGGCUUAUAUUGCUGGAUAGUGAAAGUGAAGUAUUGCUUUGAAAAUCUUUUAUACCCCUCAGCAUCUAGCAGAAAAACUGGGUGAAGAGUUAUAUCCCUUGCUAACAGAGUGUGAGUGGGUUAUAGAAUUAACACGCCUCUCUGCCUGUCAGUCUUUUGUUUUACCAUCCCACAUUUGUGUUUGAGUAGGAAGUUAGUAAUGAGGGGCAUUGCAAACAUUUAUUCUAAGAUUGCUUAUGACUAUACAGUGUGUCAGGCACUGGUAAAAAAAACAUUUAAAGGCAUUUCUCUCAGCCAUAAUUUUGUAAUGGAGAGAUAUUAGAAUCCCAAAAUUUGUACAAAGAAGUUGCAUAUGUCCAGGUGAUGUGUUAUGACCUUAUGUAAAUGAGAUAGGUCAUUUGACCAACAUUUAGGUAACUAAUAAACUGAUACUUUUAACUAGUGCUCAGGUGACCAAUAAGACCUGUGAGCCUCUUGUUUUAAAGAAUUAUGGACCUUGAACUUAGCAAAUUCAGGGAUUUGAUAGUUUUCUGGACUUUUUGCUAUCUCUGAAAAUUUAUACAUGUACAUACCAAUGGGAUAUGGAUAAGUUUUACUUUGGGCUUUAUUGAUCUAUUUUUGAAAGUGUUAUGAACCUUGAACUUUAAUAGCAAAUAAUGUCAUAAAGCAAGACUAUUUUGUUAGGCUUGUCACCUGCAAUGCAGAUAUCCAAAUUUCCAUAUUUUUUACAUAUUUCGAAUGCAGAAAAAAUACAAGAAAAAAAUGGGUGAAACUAAGAAACUAUAAGGAAAAGAAGAAAAAAUCUAGAAAAUACCUUGAAAAAAUACAGAAAGUUGGACUUAGUCUAUUUUCAAUCAGAAAUGCAGUAGGCAUGAAGAACUUAGAAAAAAUGGGGUGCUCUGGACUAUAAUAUUGAGUGAUCUUAUAAAGAUAUACUAGUGUUACAGUAGUUUUUAUUUCAAGUCGAAAGAUCAAUGUUUUUAUCGAGAACAUGUAAACAACAUAUAUUUAUUACUUAUUAGACAUUGUUAUAUGUAAAUUUGAUAAUUGAUCAUAUGCAAGGAAAAUCUGUCUUGUUUUUCUGGCAAGUGAGGUAAUUAUUUGAUUGGAGCAUUAAUUUGCUUAGAGCCUAAAUCUGCAUUAUCGCAUGUUCCAAUCGACUGAUGUGCAUCUUAACUAACAGUUAUUUAUAUAUUGUAUUAUUAGAUUGAACUGUUUUGAACAUUUUUCAUAUGAAAAAUGGUAUAAACUAAAAAUCAGAUUUAAGAUCCCUUUACAUGUUGUUUUAUUGCUACAAUUGUUUUGCAUCACACUGCAUUGAUCAGAAUAUCAACAUAUUGUACAGUAAAACUUGGAAUUCCCAUCGACCUCAGUAAAUAAAAAUACUGAAUUUUACUGCAAGUGAAGAGAGUGUCUACCUCUGAUCUAAACAAGUAUAAUGUUGCUGGUUAUUCUUAUUUUAAAUUUUGUUAAGUUUAAAAAACGUGUUAAGUUUAAAAAAUAUGUUAUGUUCAAGUUGGUUGUUUUUGUACUUGUACAGUUUUUGAAGAUGCUGUGGACUUAUCAAAUGUAAUCACAUAUUAAUAUAUACAUGUCAUUGUAUAUUUUAGUUACAAAUGGCAAAUGAGACUGCACCUACAUGUUUUCGUGCAUGAAGUGAGAUAUUUAAAGCUUUAACUGUGGAGAUAUUACAUGAUCAGAAUAUUAAAAUGAUCGGACGAGUAAAUGUAGUUGCUUAUAUUCUGGUUUUUUUUAUUGAGCCCCAUUUUAGAUAUACAGUUGAACUUCAGUAUCUCAAACACCGAUAUCUUGGAUACCAUGGAUAUGUCAAAGUGGUUCAGAAGUCCCAACCACUUAUUCUUUAAGUAUUUUACCCUCAAUAUUUCGAAUCCUCGGAUAUCUUGAGGUUUUCUCUCGGUCCCAUUGAGUUCAAGAUAACGUUUGACUGUAGUUUGUUUAUCACUGGUUUGACUUGAGGUUUGGUAGAUAGAUGAGAUAUUCAAUUCGUUUUUGGGGCCAAACAUGUUCGUAGUCUUAUAAUAUUCAAUAAGCAAAUUUUUCAACACUAUCAGAACACAUGGUACUUCUGUGCACUAUUCAGGGAAACUUAAUUUUUGAAUCUGAUUUCCACUAGAGAAAUAGAAAUUAGUACUUUUGAGUUGGGAAUAGUUUUUCUGCGUCGAUCAAAAAGGGACAAAAUGAGGUCAAAGUUAUUCGAUAGUGUAUGUUUACAUGCACUCCAACCAAGCAUUCCAUUGUACAUCAUGUGUGUUAAAUGUGUGAAAAUUUGUCUUUGAAAUGUUUUAAUUUUACCAUCUUGAAUUGCUGUGUUGUAAACAUUGAUAAUUCACGGAGUGUUGCAUGUUAUUUGGUUGAUAUAUAUGAAAAAUAAAAUACUGCUUAAUUCUGAACAAA